AUGUCAACUCCUCCUCCUCCUCUCCCCCCAGGCUGCGAACUCGCGAAUCGCGCCGUGCAGCACGACGAAAACGGCGAGUGGCAGCUCGCGAUAGAGUGCUACGUUCGCGCGGCCGAUGAGAUUGAGGCCUUCUUGAACUCUGGCCAACCCGUGCCGCCCAACGUCGAUUUUGCACACCACGUCGCAGCUUACCGCACCAGAGCUUCGGAGCUCAUGCAGGAUUACUCGCAAGAGAUCGCCGCUCAGCCGGGGAAUAACUCGGCGGCGGCAUCUGUGAGCGCCACCGCGAGCUCGAUGUUCCAAAAGUUUAAAUCCACCGCUGCGAAAGCCGCGAGCAAGACCAAGGAAACAGCGAUUAUCGUGGGGAACACUGCAAAGUCAGCCGCAAACUCCGCCUACACCGCGGCGGGCACGAGGGGAACAUUCGCAAACAAGGUCGCCGACGGCGUGGCGGUGGGUCUCGGUCGUGGGUUCGGGUGGGCGUUUGGUCAGAACGCGGCGUACGCGGUGUCGGAUGCCCUGUUUCCAGCGCCGCUUCGCAGGCGAAGGUGGUGCUGA